UAUCAAUUUGUUAGAAAUUAUAUUUCAUAAAAAUUGUCUAAAAACAAAACAUUACGAAUAAAUUAUACAUAAUAUGCCAUAAAUUUGAAGAGAUCCAAUCAAAUUAAUAUUGAUUACUGUAAUAUAUGAUAAUAAUAUACUCUUGUAUAAAGCAAAUACUAUUGAAUAUAGAUAUAUUUAUAUAUUCAGACAAUGGUUAUGUUGGUUAUAGAUUAUAUCAAUCUUUUAACAAAACAUGAAAUAUUUUGCUAUAAGAUAUGACAAAGUGUACAUAAAUUUAUAAAAUAAUCUUUACUGUUCACAGUAUAUGAAAAUAAGCUUAUAGUAAUAAAGACUAAACGUUGAAGAACAUGCUUAUUCAUUGCCUUUUGAUAGAUGUAAAUAAAGGAGUUCUGUUUAAAUGUGUAAAACAAUCUAUGUUAUCACUACCUGUAAUGGCAAAUCUAACUACGAAGACUAAAACGCAUUAUGAGACGUUGGGAUUGCAACCAACUGCAACUUAUAAUGAAAUAAAGUCUGCAUAUUAUGAAUUGACAUUAAAAUUUCAUCCUGACAAGAAUAAAAGUGAAUCUGCAAAAGAAAUGUUUCAUGAAAUUUCAAAUGCAUAUGACGUACUUAGUAAAUAUGAAACACGUAAACAAUAUGAUAGAACUCAACUAAUUAAUCAGGAUUUGCAGAGUUUGAAAAAUAAAAGAUAUGAGAGGUUUAAACCAAAAAACAUCCAACUAUAUAAAAAUCAACCUAGAAACAUUUUUAAUUUUGAUGAGUGGGUACAGCAACAUUAUAGUGAUACAUUUCAAAAGAGUCUAUUAACAAAUGAAAAAAAAAAUAUAAAUAUGGAAAUUAUGGGAAGUACACACAACAGUCAAGAUCUACUUGUUAUGAUAAUUUUAAUAAUAUUGAUGACAAUAGUAAUCUUCAUUUAUGAACGCAUAAAUAAUAGGAAAUAUGAGGAGUUUAAAGUUGCACAGAAGCAUAGAAAUAAGUAACAAUUGUAUGUUUAAAAUUAGUCUUUAUUUACAUAAAGAA